UACGGUUUGUGAGCUAUAAUUACUAUGCAGAACUCUGUUUUCUAGUGACAUUUUCUUAAUUUCUUUCUUUAUAGAUUAGCUCGUAUGAAUGUUUUUUUUUUUUUGUGUUCCACCUGGUUCACCCUUUGGACUAAUCCGGAUUUGAGGCUCAGUUCUGAGUGGUUAGGUUUCAAUUCCCUUCCAAUUGUUAUUGCGGGGAUCGAACACGCGAUCCCUCCUACCCUGUGCAGCCUCAAUCACCACUACAUACAUUAGUUAACAUCCAAGAAGCCUGAUGUGUGAUAUGUAAACUAGUGAGUAAGCUCCACAUGUAUGUCCAUUUACCCAUCCACGUAUGUCCAUAAUCAAACAUCCCAACAUUUACUCCGUAUUUUUUUUUGUUAAAAAAAAAAAGAAAGAAAUAAAGAAAAACAAUUCCCGCCAGUUACAUUUUCCCGCAAAAACAACACUUAUACAACCCCUCCCCAAACAAACCGCCGAAAAAAGCCCUAAAAACUCAAACCCUUGUCUUUCUCUCUCCUCGCCGGCGGCAAUGGCGGCGUCAGAUCAAAUGACAGAGUACGAACGCAAGCGGCUCGAGAAUAUCAAGCGCAACUCCCAAGUUCUGGCUUCUCUCAAAAUUCACUCUCAUGUUGCCGAUCUUUCCGCCACUUCCAAGCGUUUUAGAGAGGAGAAGUCAUACAAGCAGAGCUCUGAGAAGAAGCCCAAGCCUGAUAGUAGUCCAGUUGUGAUUCGUCGUUCCCUUCGCACUCGAGGAAAGCCUCCUGAUUUGUCUGGCCUAUCUGAAGGUUCUAUUGAUUCACCUGCUAAACCCUCUAGGCUAUCCAGGUCGCCCGAAUCAAAUUUUGUGCCUGUGGAGGCUCCUAGUAUGGAACAAGCCUAUGAGGGGAAAGGUUCACCCCUGGCUCUGGUAAAAAAACUCACUAGACUUACAAGAAAGAUAAAAUCAGAAAAUGAGGAUGACCAUUCACAGUGUGCCAGAAAGAUAAAAUCAGAAGAUGGGGAUGACCAUUCACAGUCUGCAAGAAAGAUCAAAUUUGAAGAUGGGGAUGACCAUUCACAGUCUGCCAGAAAGAUAAAAUUAGAAUAUGAGGAUGACUAUUCACAGUCUGCCACGAAGUUUGAAAGGGUUAAGCUGGAGGAGCCUUUUGCUCCACUCUCGCUGAAGUUAGAAUAUGAUAACAUAGCCCGUGUUGUGCCAGGGAGGAUAUUUUCUGUUCAGUUUUUUCCGACAACAGAGAUGACUAUGGUUGUUGUAGGGAACAAGUUUGGGCAAUUGGGAUUUUGGGAUGUUAAACCACAAAUGGGGGAGGAAAAAGAUGUGAUUCAUCUUUAUAAACCACACUUGGCUCCUAUUUCUGGGAUUUCUGUGCACCCUUUUGCUCUAUCAAAGGUAUACUCUAGCUGUUAUGAUGGGUUUCUACGGAUGAUGAACAUUGAGAGGGAGAAGUUUGAACUUGUAUGCUCGAGUGCUGAUGGGUCUUCUUAUUAUUCACUUGCACAACAGCCACAGGAUGUGAAUACUGUUUAUUUUGCUGAAGGUCCAGGGGGUCUAAAUAUGUUUGAUGUAAGAGUGGGGGAAAUCUCGUCCUCUUGGCCAUUACAUCAGGGAAGGAUAAAUUCCAUUGAUUUUAGCCCAUCAAACACCAAUUUCAUGGCAACUAGUUCUACAGAUGGAUUUGCUUGUCUAUGGGAUCUAAGAAAUAUGAAAGUCAAAAUCGAGGAUAAACAUCCUGAUCACAAAGCUAUGUGGACUGUCAAGCAUACACGAGCUGUACAUUCUGCUUAUUUCUCUCCAUCUGGUCGUUGCCUGGCAACAACAAGUGUGGAUGACAAUAUUGGUGUGCUUACCGGUGUAAAUUUUGAGGAUACAUACAUGAUUCCCCAUGAUAAUUGGACGAAUAGAUGGAUUUCUUCUUUCAGGGCUGUAUGGGGCUGGGAUGAUACACAUCUUUAUAUUGGAAAUAUGAAAAGAAGAGUCGAUGUGCUAUCAGUGACACAAAAAAAGACGGUACAUUCAUUGGCAAGCUCUCAUAUGUCUGCUAUUCCAUGUCGGUAUCAUGCUCACCCCUGCAAUGUUGGGAUGCUGGCUGGUGCUACUAGCGGCGGUCAGGUUUACAUAUGGACAGCAUCUUCAUGAACAACCUUGUUCAGAAAUUUUGUACGUAAUCUGUUUGUUGUAACUCAUGGGACUAUGGGACAAUUCCUGUGAAUGAUGAUCUGCUGUAACAAGCACAAUGCCCGGUUAGUAUUAAGUUAUAACCAUUGUUGAUUUUAUAGGGGAAUUUGUUUCUGUAUCUUAAUUCCACUAACAUAUUGUUGUUUGCUAAACGAAUCUAAAGAAAGAAUGUUAAAUUAGCAAAUUCACUAACAAUGUUCCACAUUUGUAUCCAUCUUUACAUUUUGAUUUCAAUUUCGUUGUAUAUAAUUGGUCCAUUUUCUUAAUUAAU